AUGGCGCCUACACUCCGUCUCCGAGUACCUUCCAAGGAGUCAGUGGCGCGUAAAGGGCGGGGAAUGGAAGACGGCGCAUCCGGUCCAGGUCAGACAGCACGCCCGGCUCUUCUCUCGUUCGACGAGAUGCCAGAAUGGUUUCAGCAUGAGAACAAUCAGUGGAUCCUUCACGGUUACCGGCCAAUAUCGGGCUCGUUUCGCGCCUCGUUCCGCAGUUGGUGGUAUAUCCACAACGAAACAGUUAAUAUAUAUUCUCAUCUUGUUCCGGCGGUCGUCUUCCUCGUCGGCGAAUGCUAUAUCUUGCGGCACCUUGCAGGUAAAAGUUCCCGAUUCACUAGUACCGAUCUUGUUGCUUUCUCGUCCUUCAUGCUUACGGCGAGCAUUUGCUUUACAUUUUCGGCUCUUUAUCAUACCUUCAUGAAUCACUCUUACGCGGUGGACCAUCUCUGCCACCGACUGGAUAUGCUCGGUAUAGGGAUCUUUAUAGUCGGUGACAUUAUCUUGGGAGUACACAUAAUCUUUUGGUGUGAGACUACACUACGCAAUAUUUAUUGGUCUAUGGUUAGACUGGGAUCUAACACUAUCUUCGUCGGUCAAUGGAUUGUGGUUUUUGGCGCAUUGACCAUUAUUACGAAUAUCCAUCCGAAGCUCCAGAGCCACAAAUAUCGCUCCAUGCGAACACUGGUGUUCGUAGCAACGGGCACGUCCGUUGUGGCGCCCUUGAUUCAGGGGCUCGAUAAGUUUGGACUAGACCUGAUGAGCAAAAAAGCGCUCAUUUAUACUCUGGUGGCAAAGAUAGGCUGCCUUCUAUCUGGGACCGCGCUUUAUGCAAUGAGGUUUCCCGAACGUUGGUGGCCUGGGUGGUUCGACAUGUGCAGCUCCCACUCAUUCAUGCACAUCCUGGUGGUCUCCGCCGCCGUGAUCCAGCUGAUAGGGUAUCUGCAAGCCUUCGACUAUGCUUACUUGAACAUUACCUGCUUGGCCUCUUGA